AUGGGGAAGCCUAAAAAUAAGGAUUGGAGAUUGAAUGAUUGGAGCAAGGCCCAAUCCAACUGGGGUUAUCCCCCCACCAAAAAAGAUAAUUGUGAGGCAAGUGAAAGGAGCCAAUAUUGUUAUCCCAACUUAACAAAACAUGAAAACCCCAAAUGGAAAGGUCUGAAUGAAUGGUUUCAAAGAGUAAUCCAACCAGCAGCCUCCGACAGAUGGUCAAAGGAUUUCAGCCCAGAGGUUAACACGUGCCUAAAGCAGAGUAAAACAGAUCCCCCCUUCACUUGGGGUCAAGUGAUCGAUAAAGUGAUAAAUCAAAUUGGGGACGAUCUAAUAGCGGAUAACGAUACAGGAAGCCAGGCCCUAUUAUGGGGGAGAGGAGAAUGGUACAAUUUAUUGAACAGCACCGGUAAACCUACGGAGCGAUGGGAUAAACAUGAACUCGGUCAAGGACUUCUCAUGGCAAUAGUAUGCAUUUUAACAGGCUUGACAAGUUCAGAGACGGACGAGAAAACAAAGUAUCCCCAAAGGGCGCAAUUAUGUGAGGAGAUGGAUAAAGCUUUAGUUCAAAACUGGGCUAACUGGAGCGCUUGGUUGGGGGGUAACAGGAGACUCUCCGGGCAGGAAAAACAUGAAUGUAAAGACGGGGCAGGGGACAAAAAAUGUGAGAGUGCAAGUAUGAGUUUAGUAUUAACAGUAUAUAGAAGUUUGGCUAGUCUUUGUCAAGCGUGUGGACCCUAUAACAUCACUCGGUGGGUUCACAAAAUUUCCGAGGUCGAAACAGGAAAAGGAGAGAAGUAUUGUGAAGUUAAAAAUCGGGUAAUAACCUGUGGUAAAUCAACAGGACGGGUGUGGACUACAGGUGAUUUAGGAGUAAAUCCUAUAAAAAAAUCACUCCCAGACUCCAAGGAUAAUCAGUUGCCGGCAGGAACAAGUGACACAAACUUGGGAGGGCGACAGACUGAAGGGAAUAUCAACCCCCUUGGACGAAAUAGUUCAACCCUAGCAACCAGCAGGAGCAACGACGAAGCCUCGAAAGGAGGCAACAGAACCCCAGACAGUACCGGGGACACUAACCAUACCCUUGGCUCUACACCAGACACGGAUAGAUUAAGUUCCAUGGUAACAGGGAAUUCAGUGGACCGUGGCAACCUCCAAGGAAAAGAAUUCCCCACAACAGGAAGUAUCAAUCCCAAGGAUAAAGGGGGGGUGAGUAACAGAGCGACCGCCAUACCCCCCAGACAAGGAGCCGGGGAGAACAUUCCUCUCACCUCGGAUUCGAAAGAGUUAAAUAACCAACCAGCAGACUCAAACCUUCUGAAUCCUCCCACAACGAGCGAUACCGAUCCCAGUAUCAAUCUGGGAGGGACCGUGGGUGGUGUCUUAGCAAUUAUCUUACUGGGCGGGGCCGCCGCAUAUGGCAUAUUUCGGAUUUACAAAGGGAAGCAUAAGCCUAAAUCACGGAGAAGAAGCAUCAAUAUUUCAGUUCCUUAUGUUCCAGAAUACGAGAGUCUUGAGGUUUCGGUUUAG